AUGGACUGGGCCCCUUGCUCCCGAUGCGAUCGGUACUUCAACUCUCCAUCGGCGAUGGAGCAACACAUCCGGGACUCGCCCAAGCACAACCUCUGUGGCGCCUGCAAUGACGACUUCGAACUGAGGGAAGACCUGGAAGAACACUGCGAAUAUUGGCAUGAUUACUGUAGAGAUGACAACCGAUUCUUUGACAGUGCCGAAGACCUCGAUCAGCAUGACGAGGGCACUUGUAUCUCCGGCGUCGAUCAAGGGAGGGUUACCGAGCUCGCGUUUCAGUGUCGUCUCUCACAGUACUAUGCAAGUAGCAAGCAUGGCUUUGAUUUUGAAUGCCCGAGCUGUAAUGUGCCGUUUUCCUAUAUGAGUGGCCUUUUCCAACACGUACAAAGCGAAGCAUGUGACGAAGAAUCGGAUAAACACAGCCCUUUAAGAGCCUUUCUUCGAUUCCUUAGACGGCGUGUAUAA